GCGGGGGAGCUGCGAAGGAGGAGGAGGAGGAGGAGGCGGCGGCGGUGGCAGCGGCGGCGGGGGGAGCCCGGCGGUGACGUGAGCGCCCCACCCAGCUGGCGCCGGUGCUGGGGGAGCGGGCGAGGAGAGGCGAAUGGAGCGCCGCGCGGGGAGGAGGGGCAGAGCAGCGCUCGGGAGCCUCGGCAGCAUCAGCCCGCCCUGACGCUCCGGCCGCCCCGCACGCCUCCCCAGCAGCGCCGGACGAUGUGAGAGCGGGCGCGGGCGGCGCUGCUGCUGCUGCUGCUGCCCGGGAUGCCGCCGCCGCCGCCGCCGACCGGAGGCGCGCCUGCUCCGCCGAGCGCCUGCGCCUGAGCCCCAGGUAGCCGCCUCCUCCUGCCCGGGCAUCCUCGCCGCCCCGCGCCCGUCUCGCCCGGCAGCCGGAGCCGCCGCCCGCGGCCAUGUCGUCGGCGCAGGUGUCCUCGUCGCGGCGCCAAUCGUGCUACCUGUGCGACCUGCCGCGCAUGCCGUGGGCCAUGAUCUGGGACUUCAGCGAGCCCGUCUGCCGCGGCUGCGUCAACUACGAGGGCGCCGACCGCAUCGAGUUCGUCAUCGAGACAGCCCGCCAGCUCAAGCGGGCCCACGGGUGCUUCCCCGACGGCCGCUCGCCUGGUCCGCCGCCGCCCGUCGGCGUCAAAGCCGUGGCGCUCUCGGCCAAGGAAGCGGCGGCAGCGGCGGCAGCGGCGCACCAGCAGCAGCUCAACCAUGUGGACGCGGCUACCGCUGCAGCCAAAGCGCCGUCGGGCCUGGAGCGCUAUGGGUUGGCCGAGCCCCGCGGCCGCUUCGAGUAUCCCCCUCCUCCUCCGCCGCCGGGUAGCCACGCCGGACGCCUGCCCAACGGCCUGGGCGGCCCCAACGGGUUCCCCAAGGCCCCCGACGACGGGCCGCCGGAAUUGAACCGCCAGAGCCCCAACUCCUCGUCAUCGUCGUCCUCUUCCUCUUCCUCCCGCCGAGGGGCCCACGGCGGCCUGGUGAGCGGCCUCCCCCCGGGCGGCGGGCAGGGACUCAACGUGCCGCCCAACCUGCUGCCGCAGACGCUGCUGAACGGGCCAGGUGGCGGGGCGCUGCCUCCCCCGCGGGGGCCACCAGCUUCCUCCUCGUCCUCCUCUUCCUCCUCGUCCUCGUCUUCGACGGCAGCCGGCUCGUCGGGGGAGGCGUGCGGCAAGCGGCCGGGCUCGGUGUCCAGCAGCGGUGACCAGGAGCGCGAGCUGAAGGAGAAGCAGCGCAACGCGGAGGCACUGGCCGAGCUGAGCGAGAGCCUGCGCAACCGGGCCGAGGAGUGGGCCACCAAGCCCAAGCUGGUGCGGGACACGCUCCUGACGCUGGCCGGCUGCACCCCCUACGAGGUGCGUUUCAAGAAGGACCACGCUCUGCUGGGCCGCGUCUUCGCCUUCGACGCCGUGGCCAAGCCCGGCCUGGACUACGAGCUGAAGCUGUUCAUCGAGUACCCCAGCGGCUCGGGCACCGUCUUCGCCAGCGCCUCGGGGGUGGCCAAGCAGAUGUACCAGGACUGCAUGAAGGACUUCGGCCGCGGCCUCUCCUCGGGCUUCAAGUACCUCGAGUACGAGAAGAAGCACGGCUCGGGUGACUGGCGCCUGCUGGGCGACCUGCUGCCUGAGUCGGUGCGCUUCUUCAAGGAGCUGGUGGGCGCCGACAUGCUGCCCCAGCCCUACCUCGACGCCUCCUGCCCGCUGCUGCCCACCGCCCUGGUCAGCCUGCCCCGUGCCGCCGUGGCAGCUGCCGCCGCCUCCUCCGCCGGCGGGGGAGCCGGCGGCCUAGCUUCCAGCCGUGGGCCGGGCGGCGGCGGGGGGCUGCGCAAGAGAAAGGCCUCCCCGGAGCCGUCGGACGCGGGCUCGGACGGCGGCCUGAAGCUGAGCGACGAGCAGCAGCGCCAGCAGUGGAUGGCCAGCCAGAGCGAGGCGCUCAAGCUCACCAUGUCGGCCAGCGGCUUCGCCGGGGUGCCCCCUCCGCCGCCGCCGCUGGGCCCCCACUCCAACCGGACCACCCCGCCCGAGUCGGCGCCACAGAACGGCCAGUCGCCCAUGGCGGCCCUCAUGUCGGUGGCCGACACGCUGGGCAAUGCCCACUCGCCCAAGGACGGCAGCUCGGUGCACUCCACCACCUCCACGCGGAGGAACAGCAGCAGCCCCGUCUCGCCCGCCUCGGUGCCCGGCCAGCGGCGCCUGGCCUCCCGCAACGGGGACCUCAGCCUGCAGGUGGCCCCCCCGCCCCCCAGCGCCCACCCCGGCAUGGACCAAGUGCACCCCCAAAACAUUCCAGACUCGCCCAUGGCCAACAGCGGACCCCUGUGCUGCACCAUUUGCCACGAACGCUUGGAGGACACCCACUUCGUGCAGUGCCCCUCGGUGCCCAGCCACAAGUUCUGUUUCCCUUGUUCCCGGGAGAGCAUCAAGGCCCAGGGCGCCACGGGCGAAGUCUACUGCCCCAGUGGCGAGAAAUGCCCCUUAGUCGGUUCCAACGUGCCUUGGGCAUUUAUGCAGGGCGAGAUUGCGACCAUUUUAGCCGGUGACGUGAAAGUGAAAAAGGAGAGAGACCCUUAAAAACAAAACUAGACCCGAUGACCUCCCCCCCCCUCCCCCCGCCCAGCAAAUCCGACUCCCUUCAGCCCUCUGAAGAUGUAGAAUUGUGAAUACUGAAAACAAACACCACGAGAAACAGGACUGCAAAAAGUUUAGUCUUAUGUAUAGACCUUAUUUUUGUCGUACGUUUCUAUAUUUUGAAACAAAGGUAUGUACCCUUCUUCAUUUGAAGGACAGAGCUGUUCUUUUCCCCGCCCCCCUUUUUUGUUUUUUUGUUGACGCAGAAUAUAAUAUUGUUUGGUUACCACAUCUUAUCUGUUUCUCAUUUCUUUGGCAGUGUGUUGGCUAGGUACACAGUUUAAUAGCCGUUAGCGAAUCCUUGCUGCUGGUGUGUAUUUUUGUAAAUGUAUGCACUUCUCUAAAAGAAGAAAAAUGAAAAAAAAAAACCAUUUAAAAAACCCAAGGCCAGUGUUGAUGCCUAAAAGGAAAAAAAAUGCUACAAAAAGGUGACAGCUUCUGUUUUUACAAGCCCAGAGGUGUUAGUCUUUUCAAGGUUUUCUUUUGUCCCCCUCCUUUUCCUGUUUUCUUUUAAUUUCAUUUUUGUUUGUUUGCAAAACGGUGGGGUGGUAUGGGGGUGGUUUUUUUGUUGCAACUUUGUAAAGAAAAUCUUUCAGUUUGUUUCUAUUGAUCUCUGAACGUUUUACUCUCUUUUUUUCUGUUUUGCUUUAUUGAUGCACGGAAGCUUUUGAACACUAGAGCAAAAUUGCUGUACAUGGAAGACAUGCUCUGUUUGUCCUUUAUACAUUUCUGUAGUUAACAGAACACUGUAAUGUGCCUUGGAGCUUAGUAAAUUGUAAUAAAUUCAAUUGAUAUUAAUA